UCUACUGUCUGUUACCUCCACCCCGGCGUUGGGUCGUGCAAGGUUUCUGAGUUACGUUCCGUUUUUCACUUUUUUAGUCGCUCCGCAGUGGCGCAGUUCGCAAUUGCGCGCGCAACAGUUGUCACGACGACGUUUUCACCGAUAGUUCGUUAUCACUAGCCGUCCGCGUUUUUAUCAAUCUCACGGUUAGUGGUUACAAAAACGAAAAAAUUUCCAUUGCCCAGCGAUUCAAGAAUUUAAAUAAUCGAAAACGGUUUUCAAACGGCUUGGCCGCCAUAAAUGUACAGACGAUUUUCCUGCUCGUCGCCGCGUUUGUUUACGCGAUCGGUUUCUGCACAAUCAAUAAGCGGUUUUUUUUUUGUCCGGUGAAAUUUUGUGCAAUAAAUGCGUUUUUUUCCCGAAGUAGGUCGCAGCUUUUUUUUUUGUUCGCGGCAUACUAAUAUAGUGUUAAAUAUUCUGUGUAGGCCAAUAAAUAACACCAAACAGCCUAUUACUGUUGACGCGUCACCCGCGUCUUCGUUGGGGAACAUUGAACAGUGGACUUAUCUAUUUCGAAGAUCUGUGUACUAAGCGUGUCCUUUGGAGGUGAACACUGACUGAACAACUUUCACAGUAGCACACCCUUCUCUCGCGAACACGUGAUGCAACUAUGCCAUCAACAUACACAUUAUAUAUGCAGCCAUUUCAAAGGAGAUAAAUCCGAUAAAACCUCACAAUAUGUAUUAUGACACUCCAAGCUAAAGUUCAACAACUAGAGGGCGUCGAACUACCACGAUGCCGUCUAUGCAAAUGUUUGGACGUAGAUGGCUUGCCGGUACAGACGACUUGGUGUUUCCGGGAUUAUUGGAACUUUUAAUGCGGGGAAUAUGGCUGACAUUGAUGAGUUGUGUGUUGUGUCGCUAUUAUCAAUGGACAUUCAAUUGUUUGACUGGCGGCCUGUUGGUCAGAGUCUACUUGAUUGGAAUAGUAGUAAUGCAUUCCAUAAUCAUUCUGCUUGUGAUGGUUUUGGUGAAUCGGAGUGCCCAGGGUGCUAUAUACGACACAAAAGCUAGGCAUGUCGUUCCACAUCUACUAGUUGCCAAGAUCAUUUUACUCUUACCAGAGAUUGCAUUAAAUGUGCUUGGAACUAUAUGGACCUAUACAAAUUGUAUACAAUGCGAUAAUGAACACUUUACGAGUACCGUAGUGGAAAUUGGAGUACUAUUCAAUUGGGUUAUGUUGGGAGGUUUGAUAUUCGUACUAGCCAUGGUGUUGGAUCCAGUUGGAUCGUUAAAACUUCAAGAAGGAGCCAACGGUAAUGUAGAUACAGAUAUGGUGUUACACCGAAAAGUCACUCGUAUUUGGGUGAGACGCUUUAGAUGGUUCUUUUGUUGGUUGAUUAGAGAUGAACAUUCGCAUGAAGCGUUUUCUCAAGCAGCCGGAUUGAUGAGUUCUAUGUUUAGAAAUACAGAUAUUGUACCAUCAGACUUUAUUGCUGGUUUUGUGUUAUUGAGAGUAAAACAAAAGCGUGAAUCUAGAGAACAAAGACGACUUGCACUCUUAGCUGAACAAAGAUACAAUUGUACCUCUAUUGUAAAUGAAUGUUUUACUGGAAAACCAAAUUGGAUGUGUCUUAAAAAAGCUAGGCAUUACCUCCAAUUAUCUGUUGCUAUUUAUGGUUGGCCGUUUUUGAUUUAUCGUUAUUGUAUAACAGGAUUAUUUAAAAUGAUGCCUAAGUUUUUUUGCUGCGCUUGCUUUAGAACUAAACCAACUGUGGUCAAAGAGGAUAACUGCUGUCUGUGUAACUUUGCAGCAAUUAGAUAUAUGUCAAAAUUACAUUCUAAAGAUAUUUUGUUUGCUUCAUUUGUCAACCAUAUAUUUGAAUUACCAUUUUUUGUAACUGUUGAUCAUGAAACUAGUAGUAUAGUAAUUGCUAUAAGAGGAUCAUUGUCAAUGAGAGAUAUAUUUACGGAUUUGACUGCCAUAGUAGAAAAAUUAGACGCCUAUGGUGUUCCACCUGACAGCUAUGCUCAUAAAGGAAUGUUAUGCAGUGCAAAGUAUAUUAAAAAGGAAUUAGAAGAUCAUAAUGUUAUAGAAAAGGCUUAUACCAAUUUUCCAGAAUACAACCUUGUAAUCACAGGACAUAGUUUAGGGGCGGGUACUGCAGUUCUCUUAGCAUUUUAUAUGCGACCACUCUAUCCCAAUCUCAAAGUGUAUGCCUUUGCUACACCAGCGGGAUUAUUGAGUCGGGAAGCAGCCCGAAUAGCUGAAGACUUCACUUUGUCCGUAGGUGUUGGUGAUGAUAUGGUUAUGCACAUGACAAUUGAUAAUGUUGAAGAUUUACGGACAAACAUGUUACAAGUUCUACAAUCAUGUAGAUUACCAAAAUACCGGGUAUUUCUAAAUGGCUUUGGCUAUGCAUUAUUUGGUGUACCAUCGAGGGACCUUGAAUCCACAUGGCGCCAUCGGACUACUUCAGAAAUGCGUAACUCUCCAUUACUAUCUAUGCAUUCACCCGUUCUGUCUAUGAUUACACAGAAUGAUGGCUUCCCAACUGAUACCAUUAGUAAUCAUCAUCUAGUCCCUACAACGUCAACAUAUCCUAAUGACCAAAUAAUUUCUAUUUCACCUACUUAUAAUGAAUUAGCUGUCAGAAGGUACUCAAAAAUUCGUUUAUAUACUCCUGGUCAUAUAUUACACAUAACUAAAAAAAAGAAAAGUAAAGAACAGAAGAAAGCUGAUAAAAAAUCUGGCACAAACAGUAAUGAAUAUAAUUAUGAAAUGCGAUGGGCCACACCUGAAGAUUUUAAAGAACUGAGAGUAAUGCCCCGUAUGCUAUUGGAUCAUUUGCCGGAAAAUGUUUUAAAAACUCUUGACAAUGUGCUUGAAGAACAAAGAACAGAAAUCGGAUUUGAUUUAGCUCAAUUAACUUUGAUCUAAGUACUAAAAAACAAUUAUUUACUUUAUAAAACUAGAGCUUUAUUAAGUUCAUGCUCAAAUUCCUCUGUCCAUUAAUACACCAAGCUAAGUUAUUAUUAUGUUUCUAGGUAUAGUAAACAACAAAUUUGUAAUUUAUAUUUAAGUAUUAAAUAUUAUUGAUAACAUUUACUUAAAGGGGAGUGGGGCAUAAUAUAUUCCUACAAAUAUUGCAAUUACAGUAUUUUAUGAAUUGAUGGUCUGAUUACUGUGUGAAGUGUGGUUGUUUUUCUUAAAUUAUUAUUAGAAUCUCCUUAAAUAUAGCCUUAAUUUAUUUGAUUAAGAAAUUCAUAUCAACAAGUCAAUUUCUAAAUGUCGAAAAUAAAGUUAAACUUCUAUAGAUUCGUAUAGAAUCUAAUAGUAAAGUUUUCGAUUUAGGUAUAAGUAUUAUUAUUAUAAUUUUUUUUUUUACUUUAAUUUAUAUUAUUGUUAUUAUUAUUAUUUCAUAUACAUGUUUUAAACACUGUUUUGACCUCAAUCCUUAAUAAUUUUUUUUUUUUAAAUUGUAUGUACACCCUUACAAUUUUAUGAUUUUUAUUCCAAAAAAUCUUGAUAGUAUUAUUAUUUAUAUGUAUGUAUACUGAUGUACUUAAACUCGUUGAAUCCAUUCAAUUGAAAUUUUAUUCUGUUUCUUGCCAAUGUAUGUAUUGGUUAACAGAACUAAUAAUCUGUGAUAACUUGUAUGUCUUAAAAAAGAAUUUUACUGAUAAGCGUACAUAUUUUAAAUAAAUUAUUAUAUUUUUGUAAUACAUUCAGAGAUUAUAUUUAAUUCAUAGUGCCCUGAAUUAUAUAAAAAUAUAAUAUAUAUUUUGUUUAAAAAAAAAAAUAAUAUUUUUAUAAAUAUGAAAUGUUAAAUGUUAUUGUAUUCUUAUUCUAUUUACAUUAAGGACAGAUGUACAUUUCUAUAUUUUUUACUUUCUCAAUUUAUAUAAUAAAAUCAAUAUGCUCCUCACUUCUCAUCCUUAUUACCAUAGUAACUAUUGUAAACAAAGCAAUAAACUGUAUCUGGCAUCAGCUUGUUUCGCUUGAGCAAUAAAAGAAAAGAAUAACAUAAAAA